AAGACCGAAGUGCCAGUCCGCUUCUCCGUCAGCGUCAGGCAACCGCAGCCGCGCCCCUCCCCUCCCCUCCCCUACCUACCACCUCAGCGCCGGCGACCGCCAUCACUCCGGCGCACGCGGUCGCGGGCGCCUCCUCCCCGUGCCCGUGGCCGAACCGAGCCGCCACCCAGCGCCUCACGCUUCCGCGCGGCACGAGCUGGAAAGAAUCCACUAAUUCAGCAGCAGCAGCGGGCGAGCAGUCGAGCAGAGUCCACUGGGGCCAAGCAAUGGCCUCCGCCGGAGGCUUCGGGGGGCUCUCUCUUCUCCUCGCGCUGUCGCUGUGCUCCGCGCUCGCAUCCACGGUCCACGGCGAGGCUCCGAGGAGGUUCUGGAUCGAGGACGACGCCUUCUGGAAGGACGGGGCGCCGUUCCAGAUCGUCGGCGGCGACGUGCACUACUUCCGCAUUGUCCCCGAGUACUGGAAAGAUCGCCUUUUAAGGGCUAAGGCACUAGGCCUGAACACAAUCCAAACAUAUGUUCCUUGGAAUUUGCACGAGCCGGAACCACAGAGCUGGGAAUUCAAGGGCUUCGCUGACAUUGAAUCGUAUCUAAGACUUGCUCAAGAAUUAGAAAUGCUCGUCAUGCUUCAUGUAGGUCCAUAUAUUUGUGGAGAAUGGGAUUUAGGGGGAUUUCCACCAUGGUUGCUCACCAUAGAACCAGCCCUUAAACUACGAUCAUCAGACGCAACCUAUCUUUCCUUGGUAGAGAGAUGGUGGAGAGUCUUGCUCCCAAAAGUAGCACCACUGUUAUACGAAAAUGGAGGUCCAAUUAUCAUGGUGCAGAUUGAAAAUGAAUUUGGUUCAUUUGGAGAUGACAAGAAUUACCUUCAUUACCUUGUUCAGUUGGCCAGACGAUAUCUGGGGAAUGACAUUGUUCUGUAUACAACUGAUGGGGGCACUACUAAUACCUUAAAGAAUGGAGCAAUUCUUCAAGAUGAUGUCUUCGCUGCUGUUGAUUUUUCAACUGGUGAUGAUCCAUGGCCAAUAUUCAGAUUACAGAAGAAAUACAACUUACCGGGAAAAUCAGCCCCUUUAAGUGCGGAAUUUUAUACCGGAUGGCUAACACACUGGGGUGAGAGUAUUGCAACAACAGAUGCCAGCAGCACAGCUAAAGCUCUUAAAAGUAUUCUAUGCCGCAAUGGUUCUGCUGUACUCUAUAUGGCUCAUGGAGGGACAAAUUUUGGGUUUUACAAUGGAGCAAAUACUGGUCAAACUGAAUACGAGUAUAAGGCAGACCUUACAUCUUACGAUUAUGAUGCGCCAAUUAAGGAGCAUGGAGACGUGCAUAAUCCCAAAUACAAAGCAUUGAGAAGAGUAAUACAUGAAUGCACUGGCACUCCUCUGCAUCCACUUCCUGCCGACAUUGAAAGAGCAAGUUAUGGGCUUGUGAAAUUACAAAAGGUUGCUUCUUUCUUUGACAUAUUUGAUAAGAUCUGUGAUCCACUGAAAGUGGCUGUUUCAGAACAGCCUCUGUCUAUGGAACUGACAGGCCAGAUGUUUGGGUUUCUACUGUAUGUGUCGGAAUACCAAGGAAAAGGUCCUUACAGCAUCCUAUCAAUUCCAAAGGUACAUGACAGAGCCCAGGUGUUUGUGUCAUGCUCACUUGAUGACGUCAGAAAUCAAAUAUAUGCUGGCGUUAUUGAAAGAUGGUCUAGUAAAACCCUACAGAUACCAACCUUAAACUGCUCUUCUAAUAUCCGCUUAUCUAUCCUGGUAGAAAAUAUGGGCCGUGUAAAUUAUGGGCCAUACAUUUUUGAUCAGAAGGGGAUAUUAUCUACUGUUGAAAUAGAUGGUGUGACUCUCCAUCACUGGAAAAUGUACCCGUUAUCGUUCAAUUUACUGGAAAACCUUUCGAAAUUCCAACCAAUCCAGCAGAUCACUGAUGCCAGAGCUAGCAAAGUGUCCAGUCAUGGUGGUUCACAAAAUAAGCUACGUGAUUUGUCAUUCUAUCUAAAUGGCAAAUCAGAAGAGCCAGAAUUUUAUGAAGGCCAUUUCCACAUUGACUCCAAUAGCACGGUAAAGGAUACAUUCAUAUCAUUCCGUGGUUGGAACAAAGGGGUUGCUUUUGUGAACAACUUCAACAUCGGAAGGUUCUGGCCGGUAAUGGGACCACAGUGUGCUCUUUAUGUUCCUGCUCCAAUCCUCAGAUCUGGAGACAACAUUGUUGUAAUCUUCGAACUGCACGGUCCAAAUCCUGAGCGUACUAUCAACUUGGUAGAAGAUCCAGAUUUCACGUGCGGUCCAAAUCGAUGAAAAAGGUUACAUUGAGUGUGUGUGUGUGUGUGUGUAUAGACAGUUCAGGGCAAACUUCUCACAUGAAAAUGCUCUCUUUUUUCAUACAGAGGCCCAAGGUUCUCAACUGAAAAACAUGUAUCUAAACAUAUUCACAGCAAGCCAUAGUUGCAUUGUAUUUUCAGAAAUGUACCUCUUGACGGUUUCAGGCUUGCGAGGUGGCGUUUCUGGGUGGUGUAAUACUUGAACUUUAUUAUUGUUGGUUAAUGAAUGUUGGAAAUGCGAUCAA